AUGGCGGCCUCGCCGACAGGCCCCGGUGGGCCCGGCGCCGCCGCGCUGUCCUCGUGGACACCUGCCGCGGUGCGCGCCACGCGGCCGACGGCGCGGAAAACGCGCGGCCCUCGGGCCUCGGCCCCCGCCGCCCCCGCCGCCCCCGCCGCCCCCGCCGCCCCCGAUGCCCACGCCGCCUUGCAGCGGGCGGCCGCGCCGGGGGGCCUGGCGGCGCAGGGACGGCGGCCGGGGGCGGCUGCCGGGGGCGGAGCUGCCGCCGAAGUCGCUGGGCAUCCUGCGCCGUCCAAGGCUGAGCCGCCUCCGCCAAACAUAAACACCGGCUCGGCGCGCCGCUCCGCGCCGGCCGGAUUAGCCGGGAUUUAUGGCGGCCGCGGGGGCGGCGACAGCGGCCCGUGCAAUAUCUGCCCGCCCCCGGCGCUUCCCUCCUCUAAAUUGUUACCGAGUUACUCGGCGCCACCUCGCCGCCACUGCGGCGUGGGUGUCCUGCAGUUCGUGUCACCCCGCUCCCUUGUAUUCCGUGAAAUGUAA